CUUUUGAUACAAGCAUUCCAGAUUUAUCAACGUAUAAUGGUUUUUGAACAGCGCACAUUCUGGUUUGUUGCUGAUCUCCUUAUUGCAAUUCCUCGCAAUUGGUGGCAAGAUUUCCCAGGAAAGCCUACGAAUUAUGACUUUCAUCAGAGCUAUCCUUUGGGACAGACCACGUUAGAUGAUCCGGUUGAUUCAAUGUCCCGCUCAACGCAUGAACAAUUUUACUACGGAAUUGAUGAGCAAGCUCGUCGUCCAGCAGCACGUCCAGUUCAAGAAACUCGCCAAAAAGGAUUUCACGGACAAACACGGCUGAUCACUGUCACACCGGACGCCAUCAUUCCAUCGAUAAAUGAGCCAAUAGAAGCUAGCGGAGGCUCAAGAAGGCGUCGAAGCGAUUUAUUCGAUGUACGUGGAAGUGCUAAUGCAAGAGGCCGUCGACAGUGCGUUACUUGGGAGACGAUGACAGAUGAAGAACGUGAAGAAGUGCAGAGAAUGAAAAGGAAAGACGAGGCAUACAAGACGGCCUUAUGUGAUGCUUUCAAAAAAUUCGGUUUCUGUCCCUACGGGGAAGGCUGUCGCUUUGCUCACGGUGACAGCGAGCUGCGCCUUCCUGCACAGCCACGUGGUAAGGCUCACCCAAAGUACAAAACCCAAUUAUGUGACAAGUUUUCCACAUUCGGACAUUGUCCAUAUGGUCCUCGCUGCCAGUUCAUCCACAAAUUGAAGAAGGGUUUGCCACUGAUCCAGUACGAACGUCUCCUAGCGGCUGGUCAAAUCUCGCCAGAGAGAGAGGACGAAGCUCGAGCUCCUCAAAAUCGUCGUUCCUCAGGCGCGAGUCCAAAU